AUGGAAGUUGCAGUUGAGCAAGCUGCUCAAUCACGUUCAAGAAGAAGCAAGUGGCAGUUUAUGGGGACAAGUGAUGCUGGUGCUAAAGAAGAGCUUCACCGGGUGUAUUGUGCUAAAGAAGACCUUCUGCCCAUUCCAUGUUUCUCUCAACUGUUGAGUUAUGAUUCAAAUUCAGAAUUACCACCUGCAGUCAGCUAUUUUGGAGAUGAGUAUACAUUCAAUCUAGAGACACAAGAAACGCUAGUUCAUUCCAAAAGUCACUUGUUUUAUGCAGUAGUUUAUCUUCCUCAAAAGGUUUCUGAUUCUAUGUUAGUUUCUAGAACAACAUGGGAAGGUGGUCAAUACAAUAGGGAUGAAAAGAGUCGAUUGGAUGCUCUGUGUUUAGCAAUGGAGCUAGGAGCUGAUCACAUCGAUGUUGAGCUUCAGGUUCCUUUCUUCUCUGUAGGUGCAAAUGGUGCAGCUGGUCAUUGCUUUCUUCGGCUCAUAUAUAGGGUGAGAAGAAGAAGAAAACGAAAACUGAAGAUUACUGGGAUUGGGAAUUGGCCAAUGAGACAAAACCGAUAUGGUGAUCUUAAGCUUGCGACAUAUUUAUCUAAGAAGAACUAUACAGGAGCCCAUUUCUAUCGAAAUGGUGUUCCUUCACUUUUGGCUCUUCCACCUGGCUGUAAAUCCUCAGAUUGCAUUGUGAGAUUUGGUGUGGAAGAAGCUCCUAUCAUUGUUAUUCUAAGAGACCCCGACGUCAAACCUGUAGUCUACCAUGGCUCAAUCAACAAUUCAAGACUUAUUGAUGUCAUGGAACAAAAUAAACAUGAAGAUGCAUAA